AUGGGGUGCCUGCAGGCACGUGGGGUGUUGCUGCUACCCGUGCUGGUGGUGGUGGCGGUUGCAGUGUGCUGGAUGCCGCUCAUCAGCAGCGUUGUUGGAGAAGUGACGAUGGUGGAGGAUGAUGCGGGCGCGCUUCACAUCAACACUAGCGAUCCAAUGAGGCAGCCCGUGUUUGUGAACGGCGUGAACGUGCACGAGACGCUCAGCAUGUUGAUGAGCACUGUGUCGGCGCAGCAGAACACGAUCAAUGCACAGAAGAACACCAACGCUCUGCAGCGUCAUCGGCUUUGUUCAUUGGUGAAUCCAAGCGCCAGCACGUUUGGCCAGCUCGGAUCAAUGAGCGCAAAGUGGCUUGGGGGUGUACUGGCCAACAACGGCCUGAUCUACGCUGCGCCUUGGUACUCGCCUUCCGUGCUUAUCAUCGACCCCAGCACGAACACCGUCGACACGACCACCAUGUCCAAACUCGGAACUGACAUACGCAAGUGGGCGGGUGCUACACUGGCACACAACGGCCGAAUCUACAUGUUCCCUUCAGACAGGGAGACGAUGCUGAUCGUCAACCCAGACACCAAUGAGGUUGACACAUCAAGCGUUCACUCGCUUGGUACCGGCACCUUCAAGUGGUUAAGUGGCAUUGUGGCCAGCAACGGCCUCAUCUUCGGCAUCCCGUACUUUGCCACGUCUGUACUGAUCAUUGAUCCACUGACCAACACAGCAGACAACACCACACUGUCUGGGCUGUCAAGCCAGGGACUCAAGUGGUACGGUGGCGUGCAGGCAGGCAACGGCCUUAUCUACUGCAUUCCCAGAUCAACUUCUUCUGUUCUCAUAGUGAAUCCAGAGUUCUUGGCAAUGGACCUCACCACCAUCAGUGGCUUGUGCUCAAGCCACAAGUGGUAUGGUGGCGUGCUUGCAGAGAACGGGCUCAUCUACACCAUCCCAGCGUUCUCUGCCACGGCACUUGUCAUUGACCCGGCCACCAACGCCACCGACGAGCUCCUUGUUGUAGAUGCAACGGGCUCUGCCAAGUGGGCGGGCGGUGUGCUUGCACGUAAUGGCAUAAUUGUCGGUAUUCCAUUCAGCUCUGCUUCAGUCCUCUUCGUUGAUCCAACCACUAAUGCCACCGACAUGACAACCAUCAACGACCUCGCUGGAUUCUACAAGUGGUUUGAUGGUGUGCUCGCUCCAAACGGCCUCGUCUACAGCAUUCCACACAAUGCCGAGUCCGUGCUUGUCAUUGACCCUGGAUGCUGA